GCUCACCUCAAAAAUGGUCAAUCUACAUCACCUGAAUUGGAUGAAAGCAGUGACAGUGGUCAUGCAAGUGGUGGAACGCCAGCGCUGGAACGUUCAUUCAAUUCGCCUGAUCAACGUGCCAUCAUCCCUGCUCCCCCUCCUCAAAUUACAUCCGCUGGUGAACAUGGCUUUGUCAGACCACCAGUUCCUGAUCGGGUAA